AUGACCUCGUCUCCGUUGACGUAUCUCGCGGCUGACCCUUCCGCAGAGCUAAGUGGGGUCUAUCAUCUCGUGCUGAAUCGACCACAGGCGCGCAAUGCCAUCUCGCGCGCUUUACUCCAAGACAUUGUACAAUGUCUGGCAGCAUUGCUUCACAAGAUCACCGAGCCUAGCUCGCAGAACUCGAUGCCACGCGUCCUCAUCCUUCGGGCCGAAGGACCGACCUUCUGUGCUGGUGCAGAUCUAAAGGAGAGGAGGCAUAUGUCGGACAACGAAGUGGUCCACUUUCUGCAAGAUGUCAGGCAGAUGCUCGAUGAGUUCGAGAGGCUGCCAAUACCCACUCUUGCCGCGAUCGAAGGACCGGCCCUAGGUGGAGGACUGGAGCUGGCUUUGGCUUGCGAUUUUCGCAUUGCAGCUGCCUCGGUGGACAAGAUUGGAUUCCCGGAAGUCAAGCUAGGCAUCAUCCCCGGGGCAGGCGGAACCCAAAGAGCUCCACGAAUCAUAGGCAUGCAACGAGCAAAAGAGCUUAUCUAUACCGGCGCCCAGCUUGAUGCGUCGCAAGCCAAAGAGCUUGGUCUCAUCGACCAUGUCUCUCCAGGUUCGUCCUGCUUGGAGCUGUGUCAGGCGCUAGCCAAGCAGAUGAUCCCCUCCGCGCCUCUCGCCCUUCGAGCUGCAAAGAUGGCCAUCAGUAUGGGCACCAACGUGGAGCUGACCCGAGGGCUUGAUCUAGAGUGGGCCUGUUACGAGCCCUUGCUCGAGAGUAAGGACCGCAGAGAGGCGCUGGAUGCCUUUCACCAAAAGCGAAAGCCAAUUUUUAUCGGAAAGUAG